AUUCUUUCUACAAAGGCUCGAACUUUUUAACUUCCUUUAGUAGUGCAAUAUGAUUUCACGGAUUCCCAUUCGUGCAUUCACCUCGAACGCAUUCAGGACAAGAUUAGAAUGCACUCGCCUCUUACACACACAGGCUAAUGUCAACCCUAGUGUUGUUCCUCAGGCGCAUUAUAAUGUCGUCUUAGACAUUGAUGGUGUUCUCAUCAAGGGCAAACAAGUUCUACCACAGACUCACCGUGCCUUAGAGUUGUUGAAACUCAAUAACGUGCCCCAUAUCUUUCUGACUAACGGCGGAGGGCUUAAGGAACACGACAAGGCCGAACAGCUUAGCAAGAAGAUUGGUGUCCACAUCUCACCCAAGCAACUGAUCCUUUCUCACUCACCAAUGCGUGCACUUGUAUCACAAUUCGAGAGCAAGAAUAUACUAGUCGUGGGGGGCAACGGAUCGGAUUGUCGACAUGUUGCAGAGUACUAUGGAUUUAAACACAUUGUGACUCCCGAGGAAGUUCAUACUGUCUAUCCAUCUGUGUCUCCUAGUUCCGCAAUUGAGGCACGAUCCGUACCUUUACCAGAGAAAUACCUUCAAAAUGUACAUCGGCCUGUAGAAGCAAUUAUGGUUUUUCAUGAUUCGGUAGAUUGGGGGAGAGAUCUACAAGUUAUGUUGGACGCUCUGGUCUCAAAAGACGGGUGCUUGACUUCCCACAAGACAUUGGCCGAACUUCACACAACCAAGCAAAGUGUUCCACUCUUUUUUUCUAACUCAGAUCUGGUCUGGAGCAACGAAUUCCCUAAUCCAAGAUUUGCUCAGGGUACUUUUAGAACAUGCCUAGAAAGGAUAUAUGAGGAUAUGACAGGACACAAAUUGGAGUACACAUUAUUUGGUAAACCCAUGCCUUCGACAUAUCAGUAUGCAGAGUCUGUCCUCAACCAGCUCACGCUGGUUCAUAUGUCCACUGGAAAGCCCUAUCCAAGAACGAUUUAUGCUAUCGGAGACAACCCAUAUGCAGAUAUUGCGGGCGCAAAUGGAUAUGGAUGGCAAUCUGUACUAGUCAGGACAGGUGUAUUCAGGCCAGAAGGUGAAGAAAACCAUCAUAUCCACCCUGCUACAGCAGUUGUAGAUGAUGUUGAAGACGCAGUGCGGUGGAUUAUUUCUAGAGAAAUGAGGAAGGAACACCCUUUCUAAACCCAAUCAAAAGGUGAUGAAACCAAUGUUCAACUAGAGACAACCCGGAAUAUUCAUAGAUUCAUAUAGACUGAUGAUAUUUUUUAGACUAGACUAAGACUCAUAAUAAUCGAUGAUCUAUUUACGAAAGUUC